CCUUUCCUUUACUUUUUUCAUUCAUAUACAUAUUGGUUUCCAAUAUCUGAAGGAGAAAACUGGGCCUUCAUACUUUGUACGUGCAUUAACGGUGAUUCAUAUUUCAAACGUGCAUUAUUUCCAAAUUUGUUAAUGCAUUUGACCUACCAAUGUUGAAGUUUGGUCUACUUAAAAAAUACAUUUGGAAGAGAAAAGAUACGUUCUCAUAUUUCAUGUAUGCAUUACCAAUGACAAGACCUUUCCAGAUAUUUUGUUGACGUAUUUUUCAAGAAUCGUAUCUCACGCACCUGAAGUGACACGGAAUUAUAAUGAUUUCAUGUUAAAUAAUAAAAUCUAAUUGGUUUCAAAGCAUGAACAAAUAGCAAUGUUAAUUUAAUUUUCAUUGUGUUAGAGACCGAUAUAAUGUGACCAUUAAUAACACUUUAAGAAUUGUUUUACUUACCAACAUGUACAAGCAUGUAAUUUAUUUUUCCAGAUUAUUAUUAUGUUGAUUACCAUCCUGGCCGUGUUUUGUGUAUGCUGGCUACCUUGUCAGGUCAUGUUACUCUAUACAGAACUCAGGGGCAACAGGAGCAAGCUCGGGGAUUGGUACUACAAGUUUGAAUUUGCUGCAUACACAAUGGCUUAUUCCAACAGUGCCCUGAAUCCAUUGAUUUAUGCAGGAUUCAAUGAAAAUUUCAAACAAGGGUUUGAACAUUAUAGAAUAGAGCAUCGUGAUACGCAGCGUAGCAAAACCACACGGUCUACUGAACAUUUGGCGACGCAUAACCGGUGAUCCAGGAAGACGCCUAGCGCAUGUGUACGGGACCUACACGGAAACAAUGUACACUGCCGUUUAAAUUGAGGACCACUGACUUACGGAGCGUUGAUUUUAGAUUAUCGCAAAUUUUAAGAAUUCUGUGCAUACUUUGUUCAAGAAAUGUAUGAUUGUUUUCUUCUGUACAUAUGUACUUGUCUUUAACAUUGCAUUUUUUUCCAAGAAAUAAAAAAAAAAAACCAUUUUCAUCUUUCAGUUCGUCAAACAGACUCUGAUACCAUUGGUAAAUAAAUUUUUCCUCCCCAGGACGAAGUUAAUCCUAAACUUAGA